AAAAAAAGAAAGAAAUGAAAUCAAGUGGUGUACAAGGGAUGCUGCUGGUGUGCCUCUUUCUUGUUAUUCGAAUAAUAGCUGCAGAUGUCAGCUUCACCUUCUUUUACUUAUGUAACUCUUCACUGUGUGAAAUUAUAAUAUGGUUCUCUGAAUAUGGGCUGCAAAGGUAUGUUUUCUCUUGUGUUUUUUUAAAAUAAAUUCUUUUUGACAAUAACAUCUGUUUUAUGAAAAUUUGCCACAUUUCAAACACCAAAUUAAUGUUUAAUUUAAAUUAUCUUAUAAAUUGUAUUAUUUACAACCAAGCACGUAUCACAGCAGUAACAUUGAAAUACUGUACAAAAUAGUGCAUUUCUAUAAUGAAUGAAUAUGUGAAUGAAUUGUACUUUUAAAUAUCAUGUAACAUUUUCUUUAUAUUUCGUUUCAGAUUCAGAGAUUGUCUUUGCUCAGCAACGACAUCGGCAUGUUACUUUUACAAUACACAUUAUCAAGGAUACUAUCAAGGAUACUAUCAAAGUUACAAUUACGCAAAUGAAAUAUAUCAAUUACCAUUAAAUAACAAUCUUUAUGAAUAUCCAGCUCAAUUCACCUGCACAUACGGUACCUAUCAAUCAAGAAAUUAUAUAGUAUGUUCAAGAAUAUUGAAUGAAUCUGGCAACUAUAUUAAAACUUUGCAAUUUAAUACUGAAACUGAGACAAAUAAAUGCGAUUUUAUGUGUGUAGAUAUGGUUUCAUCACACAUUUAUGACAUAUUCAUUGGUAAAAACAACAUCAUAAAUGUGUACGAUACCACUGCGAGGUGCAGCACAACUGCAACUAAGGUUACUACCAAGGAAAAAGUUGGUACAUUUCAACCAACCACAAGUGAAAUAUCGUUAACCGUAACGUCAACCAGUACAACUUCCCUUUUGUCAACUGUCGCAAACCCAACCAAACUGCAUGGUUAUAACGCCUCACAAACAAAUACAUCUGCUUUUGGUGAGGCAAGAAACGGGCCAGAUUUUACUACAGAUAUAGGCCUAAUAACUGGUGUUAUCACUGCUAUUGUAGCAGUGCUUGUUAUUGCCUUAGUUAUUCUUUUUCUGUGGAGAAGACGAAUACGGAAAUUAAAUCAGGCAAAAUCCAAAGAUAAGAGCAAAUUCUCUGAAACUCGUGUGACGGUAUCUGAUCACAAUGUAGUAACUUUUUCUGAAAAUGAUGUUCAAACUUAUUCAGAAAUAAAAGGAGAGGAAAAGGGACAAUUUGCUGAGACUAAGGGUGAUUACGAAACAAUAAACUCUGAAAGUGUUGUAGAAUACGCUACGGUAAAGAAGAAAACUGAGCGUCACCAGAACAUCGUUCCAACACCAAUAAAACAGGAAAUCAACGUGUGCCCUUCAAGAAACGAGAUUAACAUUAUAACUUCCGUUGAUUCCACGGCGGUUGUUUUAGAUCAUCAAUAUUGCAAUGUAAACAGCGAUACAGCACACAUACAAAAUUCAUACGGGAAACAAAAUCUCAAUAAAACGUCCAAGAGAAGAUCAGGAAGCGCUCACUCCAACAUUGCAAGGUCACAUGAGAAUCAGGUCGAAACAAAUAAUAUGAAAGACACUCAUCCAGUCCCUUUUGAUCAUCUUGCACACAUAAACAACACCUUGUCAGAUAAUGAAUCAUCCGCUGCCUACGCCAACACUCCGACACAAACGACGGCUGAUGUUUACACAAAGCUUGGGGAUCAAAAUAAAGAACUAACGAAUCCUUACAACACGCUCUUUGAUAAGUCAGGCUGAUCAGCAUCAUCGUCUGACCGACAGCGUCUUUCACUUGUUUGGUGUAGAGCAUCCGUAUUCAAGAAUUUCGGAUAAUUUAGCUUGGCCAGCAUCUUCAAAUGUCAGACAGGAUAUACCUUUUUUUCUGGGUAAGCGUCAACAUUCAACUCAUUGUUACGUUGUCCGGUCGAUGCUUCACC